AUGGAUCCAAACACCCAAACAAUCCCUGUAGUGGAUUUCGCCGAGUGGAGCUCGAGCUCUGGGCCGAGUCGUUUGCAAGUGGCUCAGAAGCUGGUCGAGGCCUCCCAGAAAGUUGGAUUUGCCUACAUUGUUAAUUCCUCGCUGAGCGACACCUUGUUGGACGAGGCGUUUCACUUGUCACAGUGUUUCUUUGAACUACCAUCCGACGAGAAGCUCAAAGCGCCACAUCCGCCUGGAUGGGCUGUUCAUCGAGGCUAUUCCUGGCCUGGGCUGGAAAAGGUGGGGCUGGCAGAGGGUCCCGACAUCAAGGAGAGCUAUGACAUCGGUAGUGAAGAUAAUUCCGCACAGCCAAAUCAAUGGAUCCUAGAGGAAUCACUACCAGAAUUUCGCUCCUUCAUGACACGAUUCUAUUGGGAGGGCUUCCGUGUUGCAAGUGAGGUACUGAAGGCUCUUUCUCUCGGCCUAGGUCUAGAGGAGGAUCACCUACUAAAGAAGCACUCGGGGCAUAACAACCAGCUCCGACUCUUGCACUACCCACCCAUCCCAGUAGAUGAACUCGAGAGCGGGCGGUCUGCUCGCUGUCCAGCACACACAGACUGGAGCUCUAUCACCCUGCUCUUCCAAGAUGACUGCGGUGGAUUAGAAGUAGAGGAUUUGAACCGCCCCGGAACCUUUAUCCCGGCUCCUCCUAUCAAGAAUGCCAUAGUAAUGAAUAUAGGCGAUCUUCUACAGAGAUGGACUAACGAUCAUUUGCGAUCAACUAUCCACCGCGUCACACUUCCACCUCUAGCGGAUCGGAUUGAAGGAGAGGAUAGAAUGACUCGCAGAAGAUUCUCCAUUCCGUACUUCUUGGCUCCAGAUCCCGACUGUCUGAUUGAGUGUAUCCCGUCUUUUAUGGGUGUUAAGGAGCCAGCCAGAUAUGAACCAAUAACCCAGGCUGGGUAUAAUCAGAUGCGAGCCGAGCAAAUGUAUUAA